ACCCAAACUACCCAUUCUCAGUAUGAAGUACCUUCGGAUUCGGCGAGGAUUGUUCCUAACUCGGCGGCUUCCAAAUAAAUAUAGUUGACUUAUCCAUGAAUAUAUGCACUUACCAAACCCUCUGUGGAUGGUUUGGUGCUGAUGGCAUCGCCUCUCUGGCCUUUGCACUCUGUAUUUCUGAAGUCGACCGCCGUUCAAUCCCCUCGGUCGAGUGGCAACUGUGAUUGGCCGAGAGCGCGAUUUGGACCCUUUUGGGUUCCUCGACCUCGAUGGAAUUUCAUACCAUGCAAAGCGCCCACCCAUCUUGAACCAGUUUCCUCCGACCCUUUCUCGUCGCCGUCGCGAAUCGCAGCCACGACAUCCGCCAUCAUCACCCAAACUUCAUUGAAUCAUCAAGAGGAUCCUACUUGAAGCGCGAAACCACUUAGACGGAGGCGCGUCUAAGUCGCGUACCCUUUACACAGCUUGAACCUCGAUCGAGGGCACUGCAGCCAGCAUGGCUCCCCGUUCGCGGCAGAGCGGCAACGACACCGACGCGUCAAUGCCCGAUGCGCCUGAACCCACUCGUCCUUCUCAGACAGCCGACGACAUGGACGUCGACGAGACGCCCGACUACACCGACUCUGACACAAACCCCAACACGACUGCCAGCAGCGUGGUUGGGGAACCCGUUGUCGAUGGCCGCAAGAGGCGCUCAGAAGCCAAUCAGUUACGUAGGAGUAUCUUUGGCAAAAAACACGACCGCUUGGGCGAGUCAAAGGAGGAUGACACGAUUCGUCGGUUUCGAUACCUCCUGGGUCUCACAGACUUGUUUCGCCAUUUCAUCGAGACGAACCCGAACCCCAAGAUCCGCGAGAUCAUGGCCGAAAUCGAUCGCCAGAACGAAGAAGAAGCCAAGCAAAGGAAGGGCGGUGGUCGUCAGGGGGGCGCUACUAGUGAGAGGCGUCGUCGGACCGAGGCCGAAGAAGAUGCCGAGCUUCUCAAGGACGAAAAGCAUGGAGGUUCCGCCGAGACCGUGUUCCGCGAGUCUCCUGCCUUCAUCCAGGGGACCAUGAGGGAUUACCAGAUUGCCGGCUUGAACUGGUUGAUCUCACUUCAUGAGAACGGCAUAUCGGGCAUUCUCGCCGACGAAAUGGGCCUGGGCAAGACUCUACAGACCAUCGCGUUCCUGGGCUACCUUCGACACAUCAUGGGCAUCACGGGCCCUCACCUUGUCACAGUGCCCAAGUCCACUCUGGACAAUUGGAAGCGCGAGUUUGCCAAGUGGACGCCAGAAGUCAAUGUCCUCGUUCUGCAGGGCGCCAAGGAGGAGCGUAAUCAGCUCAUCAACAACCGACUGGUGGACGAGAACUUUGACGUCUGCAUCACCAGCUACGAGAUGAUCCUUCGCGAAAAGGCUCACCUUCGCAAGUUCGCUUGGGAGUAUAUCAUCAUCGACGAGGCCCAUCGUAUCAAAAACGAAGAGUCGUCGUUGGCUCAAGUCAUCCGCAUGUUCACCUCAAGAAACCGGCUCCUGAUUACCGGCACACCUCUCCAAAACAAUCUCCACGAGCUCUGGGCGCUGCUCAACUUCUUGCUUCCCGAUGUCUUCGGCGACUCGGAAGCAUUCGAUCAGUGGUUUUCGGGCCAGGAUCGGGACCAAGACACGGUUGUUCAGCAGCUGCACCGUGUACUUCGGCCUUUCCUGCUCCGCCGUGUCAAGAGUGAUGUCGAGAAGAGCCUGCUUCCCAAGAAGGAGGUCAACGUCUACAUCGGCAUGUCGGAAAUGCAGGUCAAGUGGUACCAGAAAAUCCUCGAGAAGGAUAUUGAUGCUGUCAAUGGAGCUGGUGGAAAGCGCGAAUCCAAGACCCGGCUUCUUAACAUCGUCAUGCAGCUUCGGAAGUGCUGCAACCACCCAUACCUCUUUGAGGGCGCCGAGCCGGGGCCUCCUUAUACGACGGACGAGCAUCUCGUGUACAAUUCGGGCAAGAUGAUCGUCCUUGACAAGUUGCUGAAGAGGAUGCAGAAUCAGGGCAGCCGUGUGCUCAUCUUCUCACAAAUGAGCCGUUUGUUGGAUAUACUCGAGGAUUACUGCGUUUUUAGGGGAUAUAAGUACUGCCGCAUUGACGGUAGCACCGCACAUGAAGACCGAAUCGCCGCUAUUGACGAGUACAACAAGCCGGGGUCGGAGAAGUUCAUCUUUCUGCUGACCACAAGAGCCGGCGGCCUGGGCAUCAACUUGACCACUGCCGACAUUGUCAUACUUUACGACAGCGACUGGAAUCCGCAAGCCGAUCUGCAGGCCAUGGACCGGGCUCACCGUAUUGGCCAGACGAAGCAGGUCGUCGUCUACCGCUUUGUCACAGACAAUGCAAUCGAAGAGAAGGUCCUGGAGCGCGCGGCGCAGAAAUUGCGCCUCGAUCAGCUGGUCAUCCAGCAAGGGCGUGCACAAGCCGCUGCCAAAGCGGCGGCAAACAAGGAUGAGCUGCUCUCCAUGAUCCAGCACGGCGCAGAGAAGGUUUUCAAGACAAAGGGCGCGUUUGGAACGCUGGCCGAGAAGGGCAAUGAGCUGAACGACGACGACAUCGACGAAAUUCUGCAGGCUGGCGAAAGCCGCACCAAAGAGCUCAAUGCCAGGUAUGAGAAGCUCGGCCUCGACGACCUGCAAAAGUUCACCUCGGAGUCGGCCUACGAGUGGAACGGAGAGGACUUCGCCGCGCGCAAGAAGGAUAUCGGCAUCAACUGGAUCAACCCGGCCAAGCGUGAGCGCAAGGAGCAGGUUUACUCGAUCGACAAGUACUACAAGCAGGCCUUGCACACAGGAGGCCGGACCGCCGAGGCGAAACCCAAGGCACCCCGUGCCCCCAAGCAAGUGUCAGUCCACGACUACCAGUUCUACCCUCCCAGGCUCCGUGACCUGCAGGACAGGGAAACUGCUUACUACCGCAAAGAGAUUGGGUACAAGGUUCCUCUUCCAGAAGGCGACGACGAGAACUUGUCGGAGCGCGACGCUGAGAGGGCGCUCGACCAGCAAGAGAUCGACAACGCCACGCCCCUCACCGAGGAGGAGCAAGAGGAGAAGCAGAGGCUCGCCCAGCAAGGCUUUGGUGACUGGAACCGGCGUGAUUUCCAACAGUUCAUUAACGGGUCCGGGAAGUAUGGCCGGCAUGAUUACGAGGGCAUCGCAAUGGAGGUUGACAGUAAGACGCCGCAAGAAGUCAGGGCGUAUGCCAAGGUCUUUUGGCAGCGAUACACCGAAAUCGCUGACUACAACAAAUACAUCAAGAUCAUUGAGGAUGGGGAGGAGCGCAUGCGCAAGAUCGAACACCAACGCAAGAUGCUGCGUAAGAAGUUGAGCCAGUACCGUGUGCCGCUGCAGCAACUCAAGAUCAGCUACUCUGUAUCGACCACCAACAAAAAGGUGUACACCGAGGAGGAGGAUCGGUUCCUGCUCGUCCUUCUGGACAAGUACGGCGUGGAUUCGGAGGGCAUCUACGAGAAGAUCCGCGACGAGAUCCGGGAGAGCCCGCUUUUCCGGUUCGACUGGUUCUUUUUGAGCCGGACACCUACCGAGCUCGGCCGUCGUUGCAACACGCUCCUGACGACGGUCGUCAAGGAGUUUGAGGAUGUCAACACGACCAAGGCCAACGGCGUGAAUGGCAAGUUCAAGCGGGAGCCAGACGACGAUGAAAACGAUGAGGAUAGCAUCCUUGGCCUCGCGCCUGCUAAGAAAAAGACCAAGGCAAAUGGUGUCAAGAACAAAGCGCUUGACAAUGUAAAGUCGGCUACGGCCAGCAAGGCCAACUCGACGUCGCCCUCGCGGGCGUCCAGCGUCGCGUCGACAAACUCGAAUGCUGCCGCUGCCUCAAAAGCAAAGUCCGCCAAGGGCAAGAAAAAGUAACUGUGAGCGACAAAAAGGGUUGUGGGGAAUGGAUUUCUGGGGGAUAGAGGAACGGAGACGAUGUGGUUUCUAUCGCCAUGCUGUGGGUAGGCGACGGUCUUUGGCUGUCAAGGUCGGCUGUAAUUUUCCCUCAUUUGGUGAACAUUCCAAUCUGGUGACAGAGGGAGGAAGGAAGGAAGGCAGGGCGUUUAGGUGGCUUUGCUUUGUUUCGUCACGGAGAGCUGACAAAAAACCCAUGCUCCUGGAGUUGUUUUCAGCAGAUACAUCAAGUCUCCUGCAAGAAUGAUAAGGGAAUAGCAUCAGGCAGCGCUGAGCAUCUUGA